CCGGCUUGGAGCAUCCUUAGCCCGGCAGGCGGGAGGCCCCGGGGCUGCGGCUCCGGCAGCCGCUGCAGGGCCAGACCUCGUCAUGGCCAGCUCCGGAGAGGACAUGUCCAACGACGAUGACACACACCCUGCUGGGAUGGCGGGUGGCACUCACCUCCUGGGGUUCUCUGACGAGAUCCUACUGCACAUCCUCAGCCAUGUCCCCAGCAUAGACCUGAUUCUGAAUGUCCGGUGCACCUGCCGGAAGCUUGCAGCCCUGUGCCUCGACAAGAGCCUCGUACACACCGUGUUGCUGCAGAAGGAUUAUCAGGCCAGUGAGGACAAGGUGAAGCAACUGGUGAAGGAAAUCGGUCGGGACAUCCAGCAGCUGAGCCUGGCUGGUUGCUACUGGCUGUCAGGCUCCACUGUGGAGCAUGUGGCCCGCUGCCGCAGCCUGGUGAAGGUAAACCUCUCUGGCUGCCACCUCACUUCCCUGCGCCUCUCCAAGAUGCUGUCGGCCCUUCAGCACCUGCGCUCACUGGCCAUUGAUGUCAGUCCUGGCUUUGAUGCCAGUCAGCUGAGUGGCGAGUGCAAGGCCACCCUGAGCCGAGUUCGGGAGCUCAAGCAGACAUUGUUCACGCCUUCCUAUGGCGUGGUACCCUGCUGCAUCAGCCUUGAGAAGCUGCUGCUCUACUUCGAGAUCCUGGACCGCACUCGUGAGGGGGCUAUCCUCUCAGGACAGCUCAUGGUGGGUCAGAGCAAUGUGCCCCACUACCAGAACCUGCGGGUCUUCUAUGCCCGUUUGGCACCUGGCUACAUCAACCAGGAGGUGGUGAGGCUAUACCUGGCUGUGCUUAGCGACCGCACACCUGAGAACCUUCAUGCCUUCCUUAUCUCUGUCCCUGGAAGCUUUGCUGAGAGUGGGGCCACCAAGAACCUCUUGGAUUCCAUGGCCCGCAAUGUUGCCUUGGAUGCCCUGCAGCUGCCCAAGUCCUGGCUGAAUGGCUCGUCCCUCCUCCAGCACAUGAAGUUCAACAACCCAUUUUACUUCAGCUUCAGCCGGUGCACCCUGUCUGGUGGCCACCUGAUCCAGCGGGUCAUCAAUGGCGGCAAGGACCUCCGGAGCCUGGCCAGCUUGAACCUCAGUGGCUGCGUCCACUGCCUCUCCCCGGACUCUCUGCUCCGCAAGGCAGAGGACGACAUUGACAGCAGCAUCCUAGAGACGCUGGUGGUGUCCUGCUGCAACCUGCGGCACCUGAAUCUCUCGGCUGCCCACCACCAUAGUUCUGAGGGCCUGGGCAGGCACCUCUGCCAGCUCCUGUCCCGGCUGCGCCACCUGCGCUCCCUCUCCCUGCCUGUCUGCUCCGUUGCUGACUCAGCACCUCGGGCAGACCGUGUGCCUGCCCAGCCUGUGAUGCAUGCUGUGCCCCGAGGCUUUGGCAAGAAGGUGCGCAUAGGUGUGCAGUCCUGCCCCAACCCCUUCUUAGGCCAGACGGUCCCCCAGCCUUCCUCUGUGUUCUGGUCUCUGCUGAAGAACUUGCCUUUUCUGGAACACCUUGAGCUGAUCGGGUCCAACUUCUCCUCUGCCAUGCCGCGCAAUGAGCCUGCCAUCCGCAACUCCCUCCCUCCCUGCAGCCGGGCACAGAACGUUGGGGACUCAGAGGUGGCUGCCAUUGGCCAACUGGCCUUCCUGCGGCACCUGACACUGGCCCAGCUGCCCAGUGUCCUGACAGGCUCUGGGCUGGUCAGUAUCGGCCUGCAGUGCCAGCAGCUGCAGUCCCUCUCGCUGGCCAACCUGGGCAUGAUGGGCAAGGUGGUCUACAUGCCUGCCCUCUCAGACAUGCUGAAGCACUGCAAGCAGCUGAAGGACCUCAGGUUGGAGCAGCCUUACUUCAGUGCCAACGCCCAGUUCUUUCAGGCACUGAGCCAGUGCCCCUCCCUGCAGCGCCUGUGCCUGGUUUCCCGCAGCGGCACCCUCCAGCCUGAUGCAGUUGUGGCCUUCAUGGCCUGCUGCCUACAAGUCGUCGUAUGCCACAUGUUCACCGGGGAGUCCUUGGCCACGUGCAAGAGCUUGCAGCAGUCACUCCUCCGCAGGUGGCCUGUGCCUGGAAGUGUGGACACCUGUCCUCUCCAUCUUGGCUGUGGGGCCUUUGGUGGCCAGAGGCAUUGGCUCUAUAGCUCCCUUGCAGUAGCUGCCCUGGAAUGCAGUGGUCUGCCCAGCUUCCAGGCUGAGAGGCCCGCGUUGAACGUCGUCAUCUUCCCUCUGCUCCAUGAGGGCCUGACCGAUGUGAUCCGGGACGUCCCCAUGGUGCACCUGGAUGAGAUCACCUUAUUUAAAAGCAGAGUGGCUGAGGAACCGCCUAACCUGUGGUGGUGAGAGGGACAGGCCUAAAACCAUGUCAAGCUCCUGCCCAUCAUCUAAGUCACUGUGAGAUGCCACUGCUGCCCCCACCCUGCCUGCAGCCACCAGGAGCCUGCAGAUAUCAAGGACUCCUUGGUUUGCCACAAGAGAAAGACAGCACUCUCUCCCAGUGGCUUCUGGGGCUUUGAGUGUUUUCUUGGCUUUCUCUCACAAGGACUGCUGCUUAGUGAAGUUUGGGUCUUGGGAAUACAUUCUGGGUGGCUAGAGGGGAAUCAGGUGGGCUGUCAAUGUGGAGGCCUGGCUGGGGUCUUCUUGCACAGAGACUCAGUGCUAGGGGGUCACCACAGCCCCAAAGCGCAGGGGUGGAGGUUGCAGCCCUAGAAAGCAUCCCUUGGAGGUAUAAAGAUGGGCUGCCGUACCCUUGCGUGUGAGUGGAAAUGUGCUGUCCCUGCAGCUGUGCU